CAUGAGAAAUCCUUAUACACCAUCUUUGAUUUCGUACAAGAAUGGCGAUGAUGGUGUGGACGGGUAAGGUAGAAUCAGGAGCUCGUAGCUUUGUCAACAAAUUCCUGAUUCGUCACAUCCCAAAUUACGUACUCUUCAUAAAGGGUGAAAAGUGAAAAUGAGGAGAAGCGAGGUGGCGGUGAUGAAUCACGAAUUUGUUGACAAAAGCUACAAGCGCCUGAUUCUCCAUUACCCGUCCACACCAUCAUCGCCAUUCUUGUACGAAAUCAAAGAUGGUGUACAAAGAUUUCUGAUGCUGCUGUCGUAUAAGUUUCAAACUAGCCGAGUAUAUAUAGCUAGUGUGCCCGGCAUCUGCGUGAACUUGAAAGGCGGCAAAGCACAGGCUCUUGUAACUAUUCCAUAGUUAUUGCGUUCUUGGCGAUGCGAACUAACUGUGAGCUUAGGAAUGAACUAAGCCAGAAGGUGUCAUUUCAUUUCGAGUUUGGACUGUACGCAGCAACCACGUACAUUAAUUAUUACCCGCCUCUCUUCCGCAUCAGAUGUGUGCCUGCAGCUCGGACAUAAGUAUCUAUGACGCUUAGCUUGUUCAGAACCGAAAGCAGGGCCCACGGCUUGUUUGGUAUCGUAUACGUCGUGAAACGUAGCUAGUGUGCUAACGCGCACUUUGUUAGUUAUGUUACUAGCUAAUAUUAGUUUCAGCCAAUAAUAUGAUGUUUAUAUUUCAAGGGCUAGACAACAAUUUAUGCUGAUUUUUUAAAGGGAGAGGAAGAUUGUCGUUUUUAAAAAUUAGGAAAGCGCGCGCACGUGUGUCACGCAUCUUAUUCAUUCCACGUAUCAUGUCUCAUCACAAGUAUUAUGAAAUAGACUGUAAAAUGCAUCCAAAAAACACAACAAAUCACACAACAAAUAACAUGUAUAAAGCAGAUAAUAAAGUUUAUCAAACAUAUCAGAACCUCCCCACAUCACAAAAUUCAGAAAGUAGACCAGAAACGCAAAGCAGGCCGUACGUAAGUUCCCUAAAAGCAUACCUGAAACCUCACAAUUAGGGAUGACAAUUGGAACCCGCCACGCUGGGUAUUACUCGAACUGAUCAGCGAUGGCGCGGAUAUUACCCGACCCGCAGUAGCGUGGGGCGGGGCAUGGGUAUCUACUUUCGACCCGACCUGCACCGCCCCGUCCCGUUCUUGACCCAUUCUAUCGCAAUUUCUUAUAGUAUCUAUUCAUAUUUCUCCUAUUUUGACCUUUUCAACUAGUUAGUCUUGAUCUUUCAAUUAGUUAGAUUCAAUUAUCCAUUCUAUUAUCACUAUUUUUCGUUCAUGAAGUAUUUUUUCCUUCGUUUUAUCGCAAAAAGUAAAAUUUUGCUUGUAUUAUUUUCAAAUAACAUGUAAGAGUGGGUCGACAAGUCCCGCCCCGUUCCCGCACGGGUAUUACCCGACCCGUUGUAGCGUGGGGCGGGGCAUGGGUAUUAAGCGCCCUGCCCUGCCCCAUUGCCAUCACUACUCACAAAUGAAGACCCCAAGGUCCCUAAAGUAGGCCACAAGUUCCUUAAAGCAAACCACAUAUUUGAUAAAUUUUUCCUUCUAUCAAUGCACCUUGAGUACAUUUUGACAUAUCUUAGGUAGAAAUCAAGAUUAUGUGAUCAAUGUGCUUUUAAUACACAUAGGAUGUGUUUUGUAUCAAUUUAUGCCUUUUUGUAUGGGUUAAUACCUUAUUAUGGCCUGAACUAUGACCAUGUAAUCAACUUUGGCCCGUGGUUUGAGAAAUUAACAUCCUGGCACGAACUAUACAACAUAUAGACAGAAUUGGCCUGGAGCGUGGUUUGACAGUUUGUUUGGACGGUCAACACCGUUGACCGUUAGUCAACUGUCCAGGUCACUGCCAUGUCACAAAAAAAUUAUAAUUUCAUUUUUCUUUUUAUUUCCUUUACAAAGUUGAAUAAUAAAGAAAGAAAAAUAACUUUUGGCGGCGACGGAGACGGGCCUCGGAUGCGGCGGUUCUUCGUCGGUGGUCAUCCCGCUGCUGGAGCAGUUGUUUUCCUCGACGGACUCUGCUUUUACCACCGUUUGGAAUUUGAAAUCCAGGAUGCUGUUAUUCGCCUUCAUCGUGUUUGAUUGGAGCAGCCGGUUGAUUUCCGCCAUGGAUUGAGCUAGAGCCGGUGCGGAUUUGAAAUCCAACUGGGUCGGCUUCGCCGGAGGAGUAACAGUAACAGCCAAAUCAAGGAUGACUUGGAUCAAUGAAUGGAUCAAAUUGGA